CCCGCUCCAGCCACUUUGCAACGCUACAGUUGUCGCGCUCCCCCCCGGCCGUCUCCGGGGCAAGUCGGGAGAGGGAGAGAGCGAGAGACCCCAUUGGCUACCGCACAUGCAGCAUGUCAUCCCGCCGGCUGCAUAUAACCGGGAAAGCGGGGACCACUCAGCCAGUCAAUGCCCGCCGCCUCCGGUGCGGAGCGGAGCGAUGCUUGCAAGGACUGACAGAAGCGGGAAGGGCUGUACUGGCCCCUGGGAUCGGACGAGGUCGGGGGCGGGGGGGGUCCUUCUCCAGGGCAGACGUUGCAUGCAAGAAGCAGUUUGGGAGACUGAAAUGUGACAGACUAAAGGACUAUGUGAAAAAGCAAGGGAGCAAGUUGCCGGGGUAGUUUGUGGGAAAGAAGCAGAAAAGCCCCCAAAGGAGCGAAUCAGCCAAGCUGGAGGGAGAAACCCGGAGCCCCAAAGCCAGGAGCCGAAGUGACUUGAGACUUGGCCUUGCUUGCCGCGGUUAAACCAGCCCCAGCAUGCAAGCCGGGUUCUCGCCCCGGCUCCCAAUUCCGAGCUGCCCUGCCUAGCGGAGGAGGGGGCCGGAGGGGAAUCGCUCCACUCCCCGGGAACUUCGCCACUGCUUCGAAGCCAUGAGCAGCCACGUGUGGUUCCCCUUGCAGUACAUCUCCAAACCCUACCGCCGGGCACAGGACCGCAAUGGCUCCGACUUCUUCUCUGCCCUCUACGGCUUCCCCAACCGAUCCUCCUUCUUCCACGGCGACUUGGACCUGGACGACAUGGGGGACUUUGACAGGGGCACCCGGUACGAAGGGGAGUCCCAGAGCCGGACGGUGAAGGCGCUGCUCAUCGUGGCCUAUUCGGUGAUCAUCGGCAUCUCGCUCUUCGGCAAUAUCCUGGUCUGCCACGUGGUGAUCAAGAACAAGAGGAUGCAUUCGGCUACCAGCCUCUUCAUCGUCAACCUGGCCAUCGCGGACAUCAUGAUCACCCUCCUGAACACGCCGUUCACCCUGGUGCGAUUCGUAAGCAGUACCUGGGUCUUCGGAAAGCUGAUGUGUCACAUAAGCCGGUUUGUCCAGUACUGUUCUGUCCAUGUUUCUGUGCUUACCCUUGCAGCCAUUGCACUGGAUCGACACCAGGUUAUAAUGCACCCUUUGAAACCCCGGAUGUCAAUUGCUAAAGGAGGAAUUUGCAUCAUUAUAAUCUGGGUUAUGGCCAGCUGCUUCUCUCUGCCUCAUGCCAUCUACCAGAAUCUAGCAAGAUUUUAUAUUGGGAACAGAACUAUACGAAUGGUCUGUCUCCCCAGCUUCCCUCCUCCUGCUGAUCUCUUCUGGAAGUACCUGGACUUGACUACUUUUGUACUCUUGUAUGUCCUGCCCUUGCUUGUGAUCUCCAUCACCUACACAAUGGUAGCCAAGAAGCUCUGGCUGAGGAAUGCCAUUGGAGACAUCACCAUGGAGCAAUACUUUGCUCAUCAGAGGAAGAAGAAGAUGACACUGAAGAUGUUAAUGGUGGUGGUGGUGGUUUUUGCUGUCUGCUGGUUCCCACUGAACUGCUACCUGGUGCUUAUCUCCAGCAGGGCCAUCAACAGCAACAAUGCUCUGUACUUUGCUUUCCACUGGUUUGCCAUGAGCAGCACCUGCUACAACCCCUUCAUUUACUGCUGGCUCAAUGAGAGCUUCCGCUCUGAGCUCAAGUCCCUGUUGUGUGUGUGCCGGCGAAAGAAUGCAGCCCAGAGCCACGCACUGCAGUCCAUCUCUCCUCCUUUCAGGCAUGCCUGGGCUGAGAAUUGUCAUUAUAAAAGGGGCAGCUGCUCUCAGAAAGCAAGAGCAUCUUCCCAAAGAAACUCUGCAAAGACAGACAUAUCCAGUGUCCAGCCAAUUGUGACAGGGAGCUAAGCCACUGAACUGACAGUUAAUGGAGCUCCCUGGGUCCUGAAUCCAGAAAAUUGGAUAUUAAAUUUAUUUGUAUUAAAUUACAAUCACAAUCAGGAGCAACUCCACAGACUGGGUAAUGGGAUAUAGAGCCUUUAAACUUAGGAGAAAGAAGACCUAAUUACUACUAUAUAUACUUUGGGGUGGCAGUUUAUUUUAUGGAGAAAAUGAACAAACUAAAUUCAUUUAAUACUUUUGAUUUAUUAAUUUAUUCAAGACUGAUUCGUAACUUUUACAAUUUUGGAUUUGUGACCCAGGGACUUUGCCUGCUAUUUGAAUGGUAGGCACAUCCAGUAUAUUACGUUUGUCACUCAAAAAGUAAUCUUAAAUCAAGACAAUUAAUUAUUCUGAACUGCUUAGUGUAGUGUUUAUUCCUUCACCACAGAGAAUAGUGCUUCUCAAUAACAUUUAAAAUGAUCAAAUGAGAACACAAGCUAGGUGUAUGCAAAAUACACCGAGAAUAAAACAAAUACAGUUCCUUUGGUCAUAAAGAUUAUUCGUAGCUGCAACAAAAAACAAAUGAAAAUUUACCUUGCAAUCUCUGAUCAAGCAAAAGUGUCUCCAGUGAGGUAAUUUAUAAGAAUUAAGGAACUGAUGAAACUGACUCCUAUCUAUAGGCGCACACAGUUUAAUAUGUGCUCUCAAGAUUAAACACAUGCAAAUAAAACUUCUAGGUCUCAGUACAGGACUUUGUAAAAGGAAAUUGUUUAAGAGGAUUUCUCAAUUUUUCUACUCUGCCAGGUUUUUCUAUUCUCCACACACAAAAAAUAUUAAUUUUUGUUCAAAAGUUCAUAGCAUAUUUCAUUUUAUGAGGCCUUUCAUACCUACAACCACUAAAUCGCCUAUUUGACUCUAACACAGGUUAGUAGUGAGUCAAAGGCAUUGCCUUUCAACAGCUUUUCACUGGCCUGUGUGAAAUGAGCUGGUGAUCUCAGUAAAGCUCCCAAUGGAUAGAUGUCCACACCACAAAGUCUACCACUGUAAUUGGCAAUCUUGGCAGAUUCAACGGAGAGCCCAGGUACUGAAAGGGCUAUGGAGUCUAAACUCCCUAUCUCACCCUUCUAGAUUAUGGUUGAAGUGCUUUUACCAAGGUGUCUGUGAAGAAUAUGGAGGAAUUUACAUUUCUGUUAUCCAAUUUGUACCUGCUCUUUGGAUAAAUAUCAGACUUUACAGCCUCCAGGGCUAUAUCAAUCUAGCACUUCUCACCUCUAUCAAUUUGCUAAGGAAACCAAUACUGUGGUUUAUUAUUAUCAGUAAUUGGAGUUUUGCCUAAAUCAGCUUAAAAUUAUUUACAGGUAUAGCUUUAAUAUUUUGAUUUUUAUAAAGGUGUAUCUGAACUAUUCAUAGCUUGGCUAGUAAGCUUCAGAGGUGGGCCUUUGACUAUCUGUCAUUCAAAUGUCACUUUCCACAAUUAGUGACUCUUCCAGCAUAGGAAACAUGACAACUGCUAGCACUUGAACAAUUGCUGAACAAAGCAUGAUGCUUCGCAAGAAGCCAGAUGGUAACCACAUUUAAAAAAAAAUCAUUUUUUGAAUUAAGAGAUAAAUGUGAAGGUUUUUCAUACCUGCUGACAAACAGAAAUGGUGGAAUUAAAUGGUGUUGAAGUCCUUCAUAAACUCAGAUAUGAACUCAUGCUUAUAUAAAAAAAAACCCACUAACUUAUGCUACUGCAGUGGCCCCAAACACUGCAGCUUACAGUAGUGAUACUAUUGUGCUUGUGACUUAUAGUGUUUUUUCAUUUAGGGGAGUGUGUCUGAAAAUACAAUAAAUAGAUAGGAUGUUUCAGAACUCUCAGGAGAGCAUCUAGACAACUGAUGGACCAAAUUCAUCCUGAUGUAUAGAGCUGCAAUUUCUACUGAAGUCAAUGGGCACUAUGCCUACUUAUGCUAGGGCUGAAUUUGGCUCAAUAAUGGUAAAUAUCAAUGGGCAUCAUGUGAGCAUAUCACCAUGCGUAGCUGUAGUAAGAGGAGGCCCUGAGACAUAAACCCGUGUGUCAGAGGCCUGGUAUGAGGCCUAAGGCCUGAACUAAAGUAAUGGUCAAGACUUUGCUAACAUAAAGCAAAAUUAAGCUGUGAGCCAGAGGCAGGCCCUGCUCACAGAAGUUGGCAAGGAAAGGGCUGAUGCUGCAAAAAGAGACAUACCUAAAAGGUACUGGACACCAGAUAUCAGAACAUUUGCAUACUUGUACAUUCCACACACAAGGAACAAGCUGACCCAUCCCAAUGACAGGGCCAAAAGGGUAAUAUGAUGGAUAGAGUUGUUUUGUUCAAACCAACAUGUACAAGGUGAGAGGCGGCACCUUGCUGCGUAGAGGGGUUGUACCUUGCUGCGUAGAGGGGUUGCACCUCAAUACGUCAGAAGUGAUGUGUAACUUGUUUGUACCUGUGUAUAAGAAUGUAUCCCUGAGUGGAUAUCUUUGUCCAGCCUAGGGGGCAGUGGAAAGUCCCGCCACUGACUGAGCUGAGUCCAUUGUCAGGGAGCACAUAAGUACUGGCUAGCUGCACCUUAGCAGCACCUUGGACUUUGUUUGCCACUGAAAGCUGGAGAUUGUGUUUCUCUUCGACAGUAAAUCUGGCCGACGUGCCUUCGUACCUUA